GUGGGGCUGCGUUAGCCUCUAUUCUCCUCCCUGAUCUCCCCUCUACUCUGCCGCCCCAUCCCAGUGUGAGGAGAUGAAGGCCACCGUGCAGAAGUGUGUGCAGACCCCGAGGCACAGCAAGGAGGCCCUGAACAGGCUUAACCAGGCUAUCCAGCAGCUGAGGACGGAGCCUUGUGAACUGGAGAAAGGCAAAGAUUUGGAGGCCCUGCAGGAUGUGGCCUCAGGCAGUGCUAAGGGAAAACUGGCCUGGCUGGAGGCUGCCUUGCAGCGAGCCAAGCAGGACAUGGCCCGGCAGCUACGUGAGUACCAGGAGCUCAUGAUUGUCAAGCUCGGCCUGGACUUCGAGAUCGCCACCUACCGCAGGCUGCUGGAGGGCGAGGAGAGGAGGCUUGGUCUGGGACUUGGGCCAGGGAGUGUGGGUAAGUGACUUGGGGAUGGUGGGACAUCCGUCCCCUCAUUCCCUCAGUCCCCUGUGCAGGCAGAAGAGGUUUAUCUGCCUCUGUGCAGAUUGGGGUUGGAGGGGGCUGUUUCUUAGGGAGUGUUUCUCUGUGUGCACUCUGGUCUAGAGGACUCCUUUGGGGGAGCCCAACCUUGUGUCUGGUGCUG